AGUGUGUGUAUGUGAGAACAUCUGAAAGGAGGAAAUAAUGGACUCGUUCAGGUCGAUUGUCAGCCAAUAAAAGUUGCGGGAGCGAUGAGGAGAAUCAGACAGCUAGUUACGACUCAUGAGGGAGAAAACAACGCAGCAAAGUUUUGUGGCUGACCACAUUAUGGAGGAAACCUUAUCUUCUCACAAUCCCUAUCUGCUGCUUGCCACACACAGUCCAGAGGCCAGCUACCUGUCCAGUCCGCAGGAGCUGGGCCCGCUGGAUCAGCAUAGAAGUAGUCAAGGAGGAAACACGGCAGCCUUUAAAGACACAAGCACCAACCGGGGGGAGGGUGUUUGCAGUGGCGAUGAGUAUCUGGCCACAUGUGAAACUGUUCCUGGUCAAAGCCUCUGCAUGGAUUCAUGGUGCAGCAAUAAAGGGGGGAAGGACGACUGUCUGUCAGAGGACUAUCAUAGUAAAGCUGGUAAUGUGUCCUGCAGCGAUGAAGAAAGCUACUAUUCUCAAAUUAACUGCCAAUCAAGCGCGCCAAUCUUCACAGAGGCGACCCGUCAAAAUAAAACUCAGAGGAGUCCAGGAUUUAACCCGAACAACAGCCCAAUUGACUCCAGGGGUUGGAUUGAUCCGGUUUGUAAUUUAGGCCAAGGUGAUCCGGCCCUCUGGUUUAGUCUCACACCGUCCAGAGAAAGUCUGUGGCAGGAGCCCGUGACCCAGAAGCUGGACUCUUUCUCAGAAGCCUUUCUCUCCCAGCACAGGGGGGCGCUAACUUUGCACCCGGGGGCCAAUUCUUCUCGACAUCACAGGAGAGUCGGGAAGGCAGAAACUAGAACCAGCUGUGUUCUUGACUCGUCCUCCUCCCCCUCUCCCACUCUCCCCUCCCCAUCAGCUCAACUCAUGUCUUAUGUCCUGAGCCCUCCACCCACACCCCUAACUCCUCCCUCUCUAUCCCCACCUAACAUGGGCUCACCUGCCACUGUUGUGGGCCCUCCCUCGCAGGCUGUCGACACACUUUGGUUUUUUCCCACGCAUCGUCCGCCCCACACCCGAUCCUGUGGAAGGCCUUGGAAGGAUCCAAUUGUCAACCAUGGAAACUCAAGUUAUUCUCCUGACAUCCAUCGAUCGGAGAAUCAUCUCUUCAUCUCGUCCUCCAUCAAUCCUUCAGGUCUACUUCCUGCUACCCUGUCUGACCACACUGGAAUCAACAGCCCUCAGGAACCCGGGAGUGGACGAGUAAACGUCCUCCAAUUGCAGGCGACAGCCAUUUUCAUCCCUGGAGUUCCCUUUCCCAGCAUUCUUCACUCUCGUGAACGACCACUAAGAGGCCAUUAUACUCCGAGGCCGCUCUUAAAUCCAGCCCGGCGGGGCACAGGCCUCUUCUCCUCAUUCUCCCCACAGCUGGAAGAGGACGAGUCAGAGGAGAAAGAGGGGAAUAGACCACAUCCUCGAGUCAACGUGGGUGAUGAGUUCCAGGCCAAGCUUCCACCGUGCUUGAAGAAAGGGGUCGUGUGGUCACAAGACAAGGAGCCCGUAAGAGAAGAGUUGCUUUGGAAACCACUGCUGGGCCAGGAGGGAAACGCAGCCUUACAAGAUCAUGUUGAGAAGUUGUUGUUAAUGUGCAGUUCCAGUUGCCUGCCAGGAGGCGGCAGUAAUACUGAACUGGCCUUGCACUGCCUGCACUGCUGUAACGGUGACGUCAUGAUGACCUUGGAGAUGUUGAUGUUCACUCAACCGUCACCAGUAAGGGACUACCACUACUCCGGCAGUGACGUCUGGACAGAGGUGGAAAAAAAGUGUUUUAACUCGGCUCUCAAAAUUUAUGGGAAAGAUUUCCUAUCAAUCCAAAAGGCGGUGAAGAGUAAAAGUGCGCCCCAGUGUGUGGAGUUUUACUAUCUGACCGUCAAACCGCAGCAGAAAAGACACAAACUGCAAAAGGAGAGCAGGCGACCAGGAGACACAGCACUGGCGAUUAAAAAUGGAUCAUCCGUUCAUCAGUUGGCAAAUGCCACUUUUGUACCGGAGGACGGUGCUCCUGCUCCCCCUCUGGCCAGUUUCUACCCCUGCAAGCUGUGUGGCAAAAUGUUCUACAAGAUCAAGUCUCGCAACGCACACAUGAAGAUCCACCGACAGCCGCAGGAGGACUGGACGGACCCCCUGCGGCCCCACCAUCGGCAGCUUAGUAACAGUCGACUCCUGGGACACUCCUCGUUGAGCAGCUCCCCAAUGACGUUCCUCCCGUCUGGUUACAUGCCUUACCCCUCUGCGGAACUUUCUGGUGCACACUUGUUGAACUCAGAACCAAGUGGCUCUGGUGAUGCAGCCAUCCAUUCGGCAAACACUUCACACACAAAAUACCGAGAGCUGGUCCUUCACCAGGCCUGGAACUCAGAGGGACUGGAACCCUUGUCCUAUUACUGCGCCUCAGAAGGACGGGAUGCUCAGGGAUCAGUAGGAGAGGAACCAAUCAACUGGCUCUAGAUUGUUUUCAAUUAGAAUUCCGGUUUAGGGACAUUUUUUCUGUGUUGUCAGGAGACUUCCCAUCCUCGGAAACGUGGCUGCAGAUCAACCACAAACACACUUACUCUGGCAACUUAGCUGUCUGACCAAAUGAUGGACUCAUUUUAUGUGGUUCAAGUCGUAUGAAAAAAAUGUGAUCAGAACAAUACUGCCACCACAUUUACUUUGAAGACAAAAUUCCUCACACUUUUCAACAAAAUGUUUUCUCAUACGGUAUGUACUCAAGAGUUUUUUUUAUUUUUUAAUCCUCAUUUUAUAUGUUUCAUUUUUGGCAGUCAUCUGAAUGCUACAAAUAAAUUUUAUGAUAUAUAUUUCGAACACUUUCUAAUUUCCAAUAAUUUUGGUCUCAAAUAUUGCUACAAAUACAGCAUUGGCGCCUGUGUGUCUUAGUGAUGGAGUUUAGAGACUAACAGAUGGAAUGGAACAGAUCUUGCCAUAUGAAAUUAACAGCAGACAUAACUAGGAAGGCACUGCUUACCACCGCCAUACCCUACUCCUCUCAUUUCCUUUGAAACUGUGAUUUUUAUUUAGCCAAUAUUAUUGCCCUACUUGCAUUUUAUCUACAAGAUUUGUGGUAAUAAUAAUCCCUGUGCAAUGAACUCAAUCGGACAGGAGGUGGCAGUAUUAUUACAGAGGUCCUACCAAACACUGACGGGAAACCCAAAGAUGAGGGGAAAUUUCAAUUACAAUUUUCAGAAUGCCAAGAGUGAGCAAAGCAGAAAUCAAAGCAAAUGGGGCAAUUUUGAAGAAUACAGAAUAUGAAACUUGUUUUAAAUAAUCUCAUACUUUUUUGGUUACUACAUAAUUCCACAUUCAUUCAAAGCUUUGAUGCCAACAGUGAGAAUCUGAAAUGUAAAUACUCUUGUAAUAUUUUCAUGAUCUCUUUUUUUUUUUUUUUUUUGACAGGAGCUCUGCUCACAUCCACCCAUCUGUCUCCCUUGCCGUUCUGGGUUUUCUCCUGCUCAGUGGGACCCAUUUAACAUUAACCAGAGAUUGACAGUAAUGAGCUGGUCACGUGACAACAAACAGAACACCAUCACAAUCAACUUAUUCUCGGUCAUGGCACACGACAAUAAAACAUGACAACAGUCCCCAUAAACACAGGAUGAACCGACAGCAUGAACACAUUAAAAAGAAGUGAAAAAACAACAUCAUAUUCAUCACUACUUGAACAUAAAAAUAUACAUUUUUAAAGCCAUAACAAAAGGGUAGAGAGCUGUACCCCUCAUCUCUUCGUAUGGCCUGUACCACAGUCAAGGCUCCCUGAUGGUUAUCGCAUCUCCUUGAGCCUUGUUAGGAGCCGUCUGGAUCUCAGACUGCAAGCUCAUUAAGUUGUCACCAUUCAUUCUUGUAGACGUAGGUUCCACCAAUGUCUUCAAAUGUCUUUAAAUCCUUAAAUCAUUUCUAAAUGGACGCGAAGCCAAUGGAAUGUCAGUAAAACAGAAGGUGGGUGUCAGCUAAAACACAUUUUGGAAAUACAUUCUAUAAGAUGCAUGAUUUGACUUCAGCUGCCUAUUUCAGUCAACAGGAAGAUUUAAAGUGAUAUAGAGCAGAGCAGUCCUUAUUUAUUGUUGAGAUGAACUCUUGUAAGCAAAUGUUUGUUAUCCCACUUGGUUAACUUAGCUUCAUUUACAAGUGUAAUACCUGGUGGAAUGACACACAGAUGACCUUUGUGAGGCGACAGUUCAGUCGUUAUUGCUUGUUGACCUGCCGAGUCACACAGCGUCAACAUCGUACUCUAAUAUCCUAAAUCACACAGUCAUAGAUGGAUGUUGUAAGGCUGUAGAUUACCACUCAUCCAUCUGCAGAAACAACAUGUUUAUGAACAAACAUGGUGGCUUUCAGUUGUCAGUUAAAACUGCAAACAAAUUCAGCCAAGGGGUUCUGGAGCAGGUAGCAGAAGUGAAAUGGAGCAGGAGGAAAAACAAGUGUUUAUCCAUUAUCUUGUGACAAGUUUCUCUUGUGAAUUAAUGGUUUCAUUAGUUGUGACUUUUCACCUUCAUUUAUUUCCACAAUCUAAGACUAUCAACCACUUUUGGUUGUUUUGAGUAUCAAAAUAUUGGAAAAUGAGUGCGGGAGCUGUAACGUUUUUUUUUUUUUGAAACCUGCUUGUCUGGUUCAAUGCUUACCUUGAUAAAAUAGGGCCAUCGCCUGGAUCCACUCCAGGGAUUUCGUUCACUUGUGCCAUGCUUUUUCUGGUAAAGUUGCAUCUUCCCGUUAGUUCCAUGUCACAGCAGUUGGUAGAGCUGACGUCAGCCCAGAGAUAACGUUUCGCCUAAAUACUCAUUGAAUCCAGAUAAAUGUUGAUGAAUUUGAUGCGUUCACUUGAACUGGAGGGCUAGAGAGUCAUUCUUUUCUGGUGCUCUCAGGCUUGCGGUUUGGGUUGCCACAGUAAAUCCCUAAGGUCUAUAAAAGCGGGCGAAACCAUGUGUUAAACCGAGUUUGUCCUCAGUAAGACUCAGUAAGUCCCUGUCGUACUUGUUGUGAAGCACUCACCACUGCACCACAUGCCUCC